AACCAUAAUUAAUUAAACUAUUGAUCUUUGAAAAGGACUCUCCAUAUUUUUUAUAUCUCUUCCUUCACCACCCAAAAAGUCGUGGAAUGGUUUUUUAUGUGAUGGACUGAUGGUUGUAUCAAAAAUUAGGAUCUAAUAUUGUUUUCUGUUUGUGGGAUUUUGGCAAAUAAUAAUAUUAUAAUAUAUAUAGUUUUGUGAAAGCCAACUGUGGUUUCUUUGGGUCUUUGCUCCUUGCUAUUAUUUCGUGUAUUUGAGUUUGGGCAAAGAUGAUGCUGAGAUAUGGAGACCUGGCUAAGCUUAAAACAAAGAAGAUUGUGUUUGAGGAUGUAUUUGCUGCACGUGAUUCUGUAACUUUGGAGCAUCUGAAGGAGUUGAGCUCCAAACGUAGAGUGAUUGAGGAUUCCAUUAAUCAAACAAGCUUCAUCACGGAAGCUAUUGCAAGGGAAAUGUCUGGUGGAUCCACUUCUCGUGUUCAGCAGGAACGUCUCAGACUGGAACAGUAUCUACCAUUACUGGAAAAUUUCAUUUCUCAUGCUGAUUUGGUUGGCAACAACAGUCGGAUGGUUCAGUGGAUCUCGCAACUCAGGAUACAGUGGAGCAGUGUUCUUGGCUCGCCAUCUUUUUUUAACCUUACAGGUCCAAAGUUUAUCCAAAUUGAUAAUUUGCGGUUUGAGCUUGGUAUGGCCCUUUUCCUUUAUGGAGCAACACUUAGGGAGAGGGCUUUGGAGUUUCUGCCAGUAGACUUGAAGCAAUCAGCCUUCAUCUUCAGAGAAGCUGCUGGAGUUUUUCAUUAUCUGGCUCAUGAAGUUCUUCCCUCUAUGCAAGCUGCAGGGUCUACAGAACGGGCACCAGAAGCUACCUCAUCUGUGGCUGCUGCUAUAAGUCUUAUUUGUUUGGCUGAUGCUCAGGCUGUAUGCAUAACAAAGGCUGAAGAAACAGGAAAUACUGGUUUUAUCGUUUUGGCAAAGCUGCACUAUGGCAUUACUGAACUUCUCAGUGAGGCCACUGUUACUUUAAAUUCAGGAACUGGAGACUAUAAGGCUAUUUCAUCACACUUUUGGGAGUUUAUAUCAUCUUGCAAAGCUUUAUAUGAAUUACGCGGUAAGAAAUACUUCGCAGGAGGCUUAAAGAGUGAAGGCCAAAUUGGAGUUGCCAUUUCAGUUCUUCGUGAUGCACUAAUAAAUGCAAAAAGGAAAAUGCCAGGGGAGGAUUCAUGGAAAUCCAUUUUUGGAAAAGAAGUUGAAAAUAUUGCAGCUAUCCUCAAGAAGUUUGAAUAUGAGAAUGAAUUUGUAUGGCACGAGAAAAUUGCCUCUGGUGAUGAGUUGCCGGUGCUUCAGGGUAGCAAAAUUGUGAAGGUAGAACCUUAUCAGCCCAAAAAAUGGGAGAGAGAACUUGCUUUCAAGUUAUAGUCAAAUAUAUUUAAGUGUACAGAAUGGAGAACUCUUGUACAGAAUCUGUGGCUUCAUUUUGAGGAAGCAAGGGCAAUCAAGUCACAUGUUUUCCUCUCCUUUUAGAUGUGCAGAGUCAUUUUCUUUUCCCUGAUUGGCAAUGCCAAGGUGUUGCAGGUCAGAUUUGAGCUAAAGGUGUAGCUGUUUGAUUGAUUAUAACAUUGCGUGUAGGAGGCCCUUUUCUAAAGUAGAACUAUGAACUGCCAGUGACUUUGUUUGCUGCUUAAGAAUUGAGAUGAAGUGGGUUUUAUUACCA